AUGACUACAAAAAGUGAGCCGGAGAACAAGCCAACAGUGCAGGAGAGCGUGCAGUGCUCCACAAACCUUAUUAAGAAAGAUCCGAUUCUGGAAGGAGACCAGGCCAUUCUGCAGAGGAUCAAGAAGGCUGUGCGGGUGAUCCACAGCUCUGGCCUAGGCCACGUGGACAAUGAGGAGCAGUACCGAGAGGCUGUGGAGUCCUUGGGCAACAGCCACCUGUCCCAGAACAGCCAUGAGCUGUCCACAGGCUUCCUGAACUUGGCUGUGUUCACCCGUGAGGUGGCUGCACUCUUCAAGAACCUGGUUCAGAACCUGAACAACAUUGUCUCUUUCCCCCUGGACAGUCUGAUGAAGGCGCAACUGAGAGAUGGGCGGCAGGAUUCCAGAAAGCAACUGGAGAAGGCGUGGAAGGACUAUGAAGCCAAAGUGGGCAGGCUGGAGAAGGAGCGGGAUCGAGCCAGGGUGACAGGAGGGAUCCCUGGGGAAGUAGCCCAGGACACUCAGCGGGAACGGCGUGUCUUCCAGUUGCACAUGUGUGAGUACUUGCUCAAAGCUGGGGAGAGUCAGAUGAAGCAAGGUCCCGACUUCCUUCAGAGCCUCAUCAAGUUCUUCCAUGCGCAGCACAACUUUUUCCAAGAUGGCUGGAAGGCAGCUCAGAGUCUGUCCCCCUUCAUCGAGAAGCUGGCAGCUUCAGUCCAUACACUGCGUCAGACGCAGGAGGAGGAGCUACAGAAGUUGACCCAGCUCCGGGACAACCUCCGAAGGAUGCUGCAGCUGGAGAGCAGAGAGGAGCACCCCAGCCGAAAGAACUCAGGAGGCGGUUACAGCAUCCACCAGCACCAAGGCAACAAGCAGUUUGGGACAGAGAAGGUGGGCUUCCUGUACAAGAAAAGUGACGGGAUCCGAAGAGUCUGGCAGAAAAGGAAAUGCGGAGUCAAGUAUGGCUUUCUGACUAUCUCUCACAGCACGAUAAACCGGCCACCAGUGAAACUGACCCUGCUGACAUGCCAAGUAAGGCCAAACCCCGAAGAGAAAAAGUGCUUCGACCUGGUAACCCACAACAGGACAUACCACUUCCAAGCAGAGGAUGAGCACGAGUGUGAAGCGUGGGUGUCAGUGCUGCAGAACAGCAAGGAUGAGGCCUUGAGCAGCGCCUUCCUCGGGGAGCCCAGCGUUGGCCCAGGGUCCUGGGUUGGUGCUGGGCUGGACGGGGAACCCCAGGACCUCACUAAGCUGCUCAUCGCGGAGGUGAAGAGCAGGCCCGGGAAUGGCCACUGCUGCGACUGUGGGGCUGCAGACCCCACAUGGCUUAGCACCAACCUGGGUGUGCUCACCUGCAUCCAGUGCUCGGGCGUCCACCGUGAGUUGGGCGUGCGCUUCUCUCGAAUGCAGUCCCUUACCUUGGACUUGCUCAGCCCCUCCGAGUUGCUGCUGGCCUUAAACAUCGGAAACACGAGAUUCAAUGAGGUCAUGGAGGCCCAGCUGCCCUCCCAUGGCGGUCCAAAGCCCUCAACUGAGAGUGACAUGAAUGCCCGCAGGAGCUACAUUGUAGUCAAGUAUGUGGAACGCAGGUUUGCCCGUCGGUCCACGCCUGAGCCCCACAGACUCUGGACAGCCAUCUGCAGUAGGGACCUUUUGUCCGUACUGGAGGCCUUUGCCAGUGGGCAGGACUUUGGACAGUUGCUGCGGGGACCUGAUGGGCAGGCACCUGGAGAGCUCGCUCUGCACUUGGCUAUCAGAGUCGCCAACCAGUCCUCCCUACCCUUGGUAGACUUCAUCAUCCAGAAUGGUGGACACCUGGAUGCCAAGGCUGUGGAUGGGAAUACCGCCCUGCACUAUGCCGCACUCCACGCCCAGCCUGAUUGCCUCAAGCUGCUGCUGAAAGGGAGAGCUCCGGUCAGCACAGUGAACGAUGCAGGAGAGACAGCUCUGGACAUUGCCAGGAAGAAGCAGCACAAGGAGUGUGAGGAGCUGUUGGAGCAGGCACAGGCGGGGACCCUUGCCUUCCCUCUGCAUGUAGACUACCUGUGGGGACUUUCCAUGGAGCCUGGCUCUGACAGCGAGGAGGACGAGGAAGAGAAGCGCUGCCCUCUGAAGCCCUCAGCCCAAGCCUGCAGGGCCACUGGGAGGCUGGACAUCAGCAACAAGACCUAUGAGCCCAUCACCGGCCUAGGACCAGCUGCUCCUCAGAGCCAGAGUGAAGACUGCCCCCCACCCUUGCCGGUCAAAAACUCUUCUAGGACCACAGUUCCAGGGCGUGUGGGACAUGCUAGUGGAGAUCGGUCUGAUAUCCCCAGCCUGAGUUCGGAGCCUCCCGAGGCCUCUGAGAGGCUGGGCAGUCCAGUCUCCUCCCUUUCCAGCCUUACAAGCCCAGUGGAACCUGGGGGGCCCAGUCAAGCCAUGCCCAGCCCUGAAGAAGGCCUUCAGGAGCCCCCAGGCACCUCUAGACCUGGCCUGGCAUCUGGGACCACCCCUGCCGAGGUGUAUCUCCCCGUCAGGUUCAGCUCGGAGAGCACUCGCUCCUACCGGCGGGGAGGCCGGAACCUGGAAGACUAUCCCUCUGCCCGGCAGCCUCUGUCCAGAAAGAACAUUCCGGUCAGCAUCAUGGAAGGAGAUGGCUCCAAGACUGGGGUUCUCCCUGCAAGUUCUGUGCAACUUUUGCCAGACUAGCUUCUUGGUGACUCCUGUAUGGCUCAUGGUGGACCCCAAUGUUCAGAGCUGGGACUCGAGCCUGCAGAACAGGAGAGCUGAGUCAUCUAUUCCCUAGUGUCUCAUGCCUCUGUGGCUGGCCUUCCUCCUGGAGUGGACCAUGCCCCUGCCAAGGACAUGGUCUUUCCAUGUUGGGGAAGACAGUGGUUCUUUCCCUGUAUCCUGUUCCCUCCAGGGCCAGGUGGCCCUGCAGCUGGAUCUGAGAACUCCUGAAUUGGGUUCAACUGUAGCCUCCUCAGUCCCUCAUCAGACAGGACUAUGUUUUUCCCUAUAAGGGAAGGGCCCCCCUCCAUUCGAGGCAGACCAGGGACUGCCUUAUGGGCCAUUUAUUAGUGUAUUGUUCCUUUACUGAGUUCCAACUUUCUGUUCAGACCUGUGCUAGGCACUAUGGAUGCCAUGAAUAAGACAAGGGUCCUUGCUGGUCACAAGGACUAGCUUGAGAAUGGACAAAGCUAGAUUCCAGAGUUGAGUCUGGGCUCGGACAGGACAUGCAAUCAGCUGCUUUCUCUCUAGUCAUUACAGUUGUCUACGGCCCAUUUUCAUUCUAGUUGGCAAAUGUCUUUAUGAUACUGGCCAGUCAGUGAAUGUUCCGAAUGCCAUUCCUUUUGAGGGACAGCCCAGCCUUCCUGGACCUGUACUGCGUCCCCAGCCAGGAAGUAGAACAUAACUCACCCACAUUUGCCUAGCUUCUUGAUUUAGCAGGAGGGAAGGCAUGGUCUGUGUUGGUUGAUCCCACUUCUAGCCUCUUUCUGUUGGCCAUCUCAAUCUGGGGAUGUGAGGGACUGAGACAGGAGAGUGGUAGGGCAGAGACUUGAAGGUGUUGCUUCCCAGGGCCGGAAACCCCACCACUGCUCCGUCCCAUUUACAAAGCAGAUGCUCCAGAGGCAUCACCAACCACCAGCCUCUCAUGUUUACAGUGAGGGUCGCUGGGCCCUGGAGGAAUGGGCCUGGCCAAGCAGGGGAGACCAGAAGACACUGGAUGCCAGUGCAUGGUCUGGCCAGGAGCUGAGCUGUUCACCCUAGAGGCCUGGUUCUCUGAGGUCCCACAGAAACAGGACUGGCUCCUGAGCCCCCCACCUCCCAUGUCUGCCUUCGUUCAUCUCAGACCUGUCAUUUUACUCAUCUCUAAUAAAG